AUGACUGCUGUGGCUCCUAUGGAGAUCCGUGUCUUUUCUGACUUGGUGAACAAAGCAAGGGUGGUAGAGGAAUAUGCCAAGACAGUGGCUGCAUCCAAGGACACUCAGGGAGGAGGCAGUAGCAAAGGGCGUGGCAAGUAUUACCAUCCGAGGGGUCAAAGCUUUAAGAGAGGAGGAUAUGCGCGUCAAGGUCCAGGAGGCUUCAGAAAGAAUGCUCAUAAUCAAUUUCAGCGUGGCAAGAGGAGAGGAAGUCAAAGUGGUUGCUUCAACUGUGGCUUGCCUGGUCAUAUUGCGAGGGAUUACACUCGGGGAAAGAACCCGAAUGCGGGUCAAAUUGAGGAACUAGGCUUGAAAGUGUCAGAGUUACCCUUUGAUCUGCAUGUACAUACUCCGCAUCAGACAGUUAUGACUAGAUCAAGUUAUAGACAAGUAGAUUUCAAACUUGAGGAUAUAGAUUUUGUACAUGAUUUGGUCUGUUUACUUAUGGUUGGGUUGGAGAUGAUUUUGGGGUUUGAUUGGUUGUCAAAAAAUCGGGUUUUGUUGGAUUGCUUUGAACGGACAAUUCGAUUUAUGCCAGAAGGAGAGAGUGGAGCAGUAGUAACUGCGGGAUACUACCUGAACUCUAUAGUGGUGUGCUGUAGUGGCAAAGAGUGUCAGAGUUACAUCUUGUUAACUGCUAAUGCUUCGGGCGAUACCCAAGGCUUAGACCAGAUUCCGGUGGUUAGGGAUUUUUCGGAGGUAUUUCCGGAAGAUAUUCCUGAAUUUUCACCUCAAAGAGAGAUCGAGUUUGCGAUUGAAUUGGUGCCGGGAGCCGGACCAGUGUCAAUUGCACCGUAUAGGAUGGCUCCGAAAGAACUGGCCGAGUUAAAGGUUUAG